UAUGUCCAACCGACGUCAGCUAUCAAAAAAGGCACGAAAUGGCACAACUUGUACAAGUGUCUCAAGUGCCACAAAUGGCAGAAAUGGAUAUGCUCUAUAGUAUGGGCCCUGCUGCCAGUGUCCCAACUGUUCAUUUUGUUUUAAUGAUCUUUUUGCAGUUAUUUAUGCGAGUUGGGCACCACAGCCAUAAGUUGGGUGCAGCAGCCAUAGGGAAUUGUUCAAACCCAUGCCGUAUCACAAUGGAAGUCCUCAAACUUUGGAGAGUCACCAGUCCUUCUGGACUCCACCGUGUGCCCGUUCCCAAAGCGAUGUCCUUUUUGUCUUUCAAUGGCAACAGUUUGAGCAAACUUCAGGAGGGCUCACUUUCACGUACGCAUCGGGACUUGUCAAGUAAUGCAAUCCAGACCAUUGAGAUGAAUUCACGUGAAGCUGUCCCGUUUGUGCAGCUUAUAGACCUCAGCGGCAAUCUUAUUGAGAAGCUCACUCCUGGGGCAUUCGAGGCCCGGCAUGGAAUGCAGUUUUUGCUCAAGAUGGUUCUCAACCAUCAUCCGCUGAAAGUCAUUGAUGAUGCCAGUUUUUACAGGCUUCCCUCACUGAAGCUUCUAAACCUUAGUUCUACAGAAAUGACCCCAAAGAUAUUAGAGGACCUGCUCCAGACCUCCCAGCAAUUGAAGACUCUCAUCUUGCCUAACAAGAUAUUCUGCUGUCUUUGCCGUAUGAAGGAUGACAUUGAAGUUUUGUCUGAUACGAUAAAGUUGGACUGCACCGACACAUGUACCACAAACAAAACUCUCUGCGAGAAAGAUGAGGCUUUGAACAGGAUGCAAAAAGAAGUCAUGAAGGCAUUGGAAACCAGGAAGCUGAAUGCCAGCAGUACACUGAACAUUGUGCCUGAGAAACUUUUACACAGCAACAUAACAAUGAAGGUCACCGUGAGGCAGAGAAACACCAAUUUAGGUGAACUCAACCCACACCUUUUGAAAUCGGUCCAGGAAUUAGAGAAAGAUGAGGCUUUGAACAGGAUGCAAAAAGAAGUCAUGAAGGCAUUGGAAACCAGGAAGCUGAAUGCCAGCAGUACACUGAACAUUGUGCCUGAGAAACUUUUACACAGCAACAUAACAAUGAAGGUCACCGUGAGGCAGAGAAACACCAAUUUAGGUGAACUCAACCCACACCUUUUGAAAUCGGUCCAGGAAUUAGAGAAAGAUGAGGCUUUGAACAGGAUGCAAAAAGAAGUCAUGAAGGCAUUGGAAACCAGGAAGCUGAAUGCCAGCAGUACACUGAACAUUGUGCCUGAGAAACUUUUACACAGCAACAUAACAAUGAAGGUCACCGUGAGGCAGAGAAACACCAAUUUAGGUGAACUCAACCCACACCUUUUGAAAUCGGUCCAGGAAUUAGAGAAAGAUGAGGCUUUGAACAGGAUGCAAAAAGAAGUCAUGAAGGCGUUGGAAACCAGGAAGCUGAAUGCCAGCAGUACACUGAACAUUGUGCCUGAGAAACUUUUACACAGCAACAUAACAAUGAAGGUCACCGUGAGGCAGAGAAACACCAAUUUAGGUGAACUCAACCCACACCUUUUGAAAUCGGUCCAGGAAUUAGAGAAAGAUGAGGCUUUGAACAGGAUGCAAAAAGAAGUCAUGAAGGCAUUGGAAACCAGGAAGCUGAAUGCCAGCAGUACACUGAACAUUGUGCCUGAGAAACUUUUACACAGCAACAUAACAAUGAAGGUCACCGUGAGGCAGAGAAACACCAAUUUAGGUGAACUCAACCCACACCUUUUGAAAUCGGUCCAGGAAUUAGAGAAAGAUGAGGCUUUGAACAGGAUGCAAAAAGAAGUCAUGAAGGCAUUGGAAACCAGGAAGCUGAAUGCCAGCAGUACACUGAACAUUGUGCCUGAGAAACUUUUACACAGCAACAUAACAAUGAAGGUCACCGUGAGGCAGAGAAACACCAAUUUAGGUGAACUCAACCCACACCUUUUGAAAUCGGUCCAGGAAUUAGAGAAAGAUGAGGCUUUGAACAGGAUGCAAAAAGAAGUCAUGAAGGCAUUGGAAACCAGGAAGCUGAAUGCCAGCAGUACACUGAACAUUGUGCCUGAGAAACUUUUACACAGCAACAUAACAAUGAAGGUCACCGUGAGGCAGAGAAACACCAAUUUAGGUGAACUCAACCCACACCUUUUGAAAUCGGUCCAGGAAUUAGAGAAAGAUGAGGCUUUGAACAGGAUGCAAAAAGAAGUCAUGAAGGCAUUGGAAACCAGGAAGCUGAAUGCCAGCAGUACACUGAACAUUGUGCCUGAGAAACUUUUACACAGCAACAUAACAAUGAAGGUCACCGUGAGGCAGAGAAACACCAAUUUAGGUGAACUCAACCCACACCUUUUGAAAUCGGUCCAGGAAUUAGAGAAAGAUGAGGCUUUGAACAGGAUGCAAAAAGAAGUCAUGAAGGCAUUGGAAACCAGGAAGCUGAAUGCCAGCAGUACACUGAACAUUGUGCCUGAGAAACUUUUACACAGCAACAUAACAAUGAAGGUCACCGUGAGGCAGAGAAACACCAAUUUAGGUGAACUCAACCCACACCUUUUGAAAUCGGUCCAGGAAUUAGAGAAAGAUGAGGCUUUGAACAGGAUGCAAAAAGAAGUCAUGAAGGCAUUGGAAACCAGGAAGCUGAAUGCCAGCAGUACACUGAACAUUGUGCCUGAGAAACUUUUACACAGCAACAUAACAAUGAAGGUCACCGUGAGGCAGAGAAACACCAAUUUAGGUGAACUCAACCCACACCUUUUGAAAUCGGUCCAGGAAUUAGAGAAAGAUGAGGCUUUGAACAGGAUGCAAAAAGAAGUCAUGAAGGCGUUGGAAACCAGGAAGCUGAAUGCCAGCAGUACACUGAACAUUGUGCCUGAGAAACUUUUACACAGCAACAUAACAAUGAAGGUCACCGUGAGGCAGAGAAACACCAAUUUAGGUGAACUCAACCCACACCUUUUGAAAUCGGUCCAGGAAUUAGGUAAGCUGAAACCUGAAGAGGUCCUGCAAAUCAAGUGGAAUGACACGUCUGAACUGAAAAAGCUGUACAUGCUGGCCAAUUUGCUACAGAUGGCACUCAGAGAACAAGUUACAGAAGACUUGAUAAGUUACAUUCUUAUCAUUCUGAAACAUGUCAGGGAGUCAAGCCAGCAAGACCGCUCUCUGCAUGAGGAAGAAACAGCGGCUCCCAGUACCAGUACCACCACCACUACCACCACCACUACUACCACUAGCACCACUAGUCCUACUAGUCAGAGUUUGCUGCUGGAGGGUUCGUCCAGCUCUUCCCAAAAUGAACCUAGUGAAGGAAACUCAGAGCAGACAUCAGAGAAUGCACCAUUAAUGUCAAAGGAGGCGCUGCUCAACCAGCUCACGCGUGGAACUCAGGAAGGUGGUGUGCCCCAAAUCCCAGGAGAUAACGCAGAGGCACCCCAAAUCCCAGGAGAUGACACAGAGGCCUCCCAUGAGACACACUGGGAGCAUCAUGAAGUGAAGACCACUGCUCGCCACAAGCUGAACAUCUUGCCCACUGAUGAUGACUACUUGCUUCAAGGGGACCUUUUUGAAGCUGAGCUGAACAAGCGGCUAUCGCCCCUUAUCCCAAACACACCAGUGAGGAACCUCAUAUCCCACACACUCCAUAUCCUCAAAAUGGACUGUACAGUGUCCAGGGUCCAGUUGGCCUGUGCUACGCUAAUCUCCAGAACAGGUCUCCUCAUGAAACUAUUCAGUGAGAGAGAAAACUUCAUGGAUAACUCCGCCUUGUGGAAGUCAUACUUCUUGUCUAUGAAGUAUGUCUCCAACUUGGCCACAGGAAGUCCAAGAAAACUGGGGAAAUCUGAAAUUGGAAGCCAGGGAAUCCCAGAAUAUGGCUAUGGCAAAAAGCUGUUGUUUGCUAUUUCAGUGACUGCAGUGAUAAUAAUCAUCAUUUCAGUAAUUGGGCUGAUUGAGUCUUCCAGUGCAGGUUCUUCAGUGCUCGAUAAGCCUCUUUGGCUCAAGGAUAUGUACCAGCUUCUGGAUGAAGUACGGAAAAAGAGCAUGGUGGACAAAAUGCACGAUGAAGAAUCCUCUGAAGACGAGGAUAUAUUCAGCUGGGCAAGAGUUCCCGGAGCUCCACCAGGUCCACCAAGCCCAUCACCGGUAGAACAACCGCCUUCAAGAAGGCCCAGCUCAAGAAAAAUGUCACAAAUGACUGCACCGUCCCCUGCUAGAAAGCCCAGUUCCAAGACACUGUCUGCACAUCCGUCCCACUUUGCACCUCAAUCCGCACCUCCAUCUGUACCUCCAUCAAUGCCCAUGUAUAUGUCUCCGUCCGUACCUCCAUCCUUACCUCCAUCUGUACCUCCAUACAUAACUCCGUACGCCCCUCCAUCUGCAACUCCAUCUGUACAUCCAUACGUACCCCCAUCAGUAUCUCCAUCCAUCCAUCAAUCCGUACCUCCAUCCGAACUUCAGUCUGUACCUCCAUCCGAAUAUCAGUCCGUACCUCCGUCUGCACCUCACUCCGCACGUCCGUCUGUACAUCAGUCCGCACCUCCGUCCGCACCUCCCUCUGCACCUCACUCCGCACCUCACUCCGCACGUCCGUCUGUACCUGCAUCUGUGGAAGGAGCUCCGCACACACCAUCACCAAAAUCAUCAUUGACAAAGCCCCCCAGUGAAGCUUCAAAACGAGGAUCGACGGCAGAAGGUGGCGCUAGCAGAGAGUCAAAGAAAGCAAGUUGGGGUGCAGGAAGCGAAGCUGGAGGAAGCAAAGCUGGAGGAAGUGAAGGUGGAGGAAGCGCAACUGAAGGGGGAGGAAGCGCAACGGAAGAAGAUUGACCUUUGUUCUCUUGUAAAUAAUGUUAUAUUAUCUGUAGAGCUCUGUACAAAGUUCUGUUGUUAUUAUUACUAUAAUCAUAAUACUAUUAUUAUUAUUAUUAUUAUUAAAUACAUAACUCGAAAA